ACUAACCUCAGCAGGUUUACCUGUUUCCAUUUAUUUCACCUGGUUCGGGUUUUAUAUUGAUCAUCCCCUUCCUUCUUCCCUUACACCUUCCACUUUUUGCUGUUGUAGUAGUCAUCUUGUACCACACAGACAUGGCGAGGGAAAGGAACAAGCAGCUUUGUUUGAUGUGGGUUUUGGUUGCUGGCUUGCUCUGCCAAAACUUGGUCGUUCCUGUGAGCUCCAUUGAUCUUGGGGAGCAGAAAAACUACUAUCCAUCACCAGACCCUCAUGCAGGAACUCCCCCCUCAGGUUCACAUGGAACACCACCAUCCCACGGCUCAGGUGGUGGCACGCCUCCCUCUCAUGGAACCCCAUCGCAUGGAGGUGGUUACCACCAUACACCAUCAACACCAUCAACGCCUUCAGGUGGAAAUUGUGGAACCCCACCACAUGAACCAUCAACUCCAUCGACACCACCGCGAACUCCUUCGCACGGUAGUCCCCCAUCAUAUGGAGGUGGCAGUCCACCAACACCAGUAACUGUAAGCCCGCCAACUCCCAUUAUCGAUCCAGGAACUCCAAGCACACCUCCAUCAUAUGGAGGUGGAAGUCCGCCAACUUAUGGAGGUGGAAGUCCGCCAACUUAUGGAGGUGGCAGUCCACCAACACCAGUAAUUGUAAGCCCACCAACUCCCAUUAUCGAUCCAGGAACUCCAAGCACACCUCCAUCAUAUGGAGGUGGAAGUCCGCCAACUUACGGUGGUGGUAGUCCACCAACACCAAUAAUCGAUCCAGGAACUCCAAGCAUUCCCACACCCCCAUUCUUUCCUGCUCCAACUCCACCAAUCGGUGGUACAUGCGAUUUCUGGAGGAGUCACCCCACACUGAUAUGGGGUCUGCUUGGUUGGUGGGGAACUUUAGGCAGUGCAUUCGGCAUGACCAGCGCUCCUGGGUUCGGAGCAACCAUGAGCUUGCCCCAGGCACUUUCAAACACACGUAGUGAUGGACUUGGGGCGCUUUACAGGGAAGGAACCGCCUCGUUUCUCAACUCCAUGGUAAAUCACAGGUUCCCAUUCUCGACUGAGCAAGUGAGGCAGAGUUUUGUGUCAGCGCUUGGCUCAAACAGUGCUGCAGCAGCACAGGCUCAUCUCUUCAAGCUCGCCAAUGAAGGCCACAUCAAGCCCAGGACCUAAGCAAAAACCUUCCAGUGUGUCAGUUUCUUGAAGCAUUUUAUCCACUAGUGUGUGCUACUUAGAUUUUAUGUUCCUAGUAUUUGAACUUCUAUAAUGCCUACAGCUAUCAUUUGGAUCCAUACUUUGCCUAGAACUAAAUGUUAAGUUUAUGUUUUAUUA